AUGAUCUUACUACCUGAAACUGAUACUUCUGGAGUUGAUGAAAGACAAGACUCUAAUGCUGUUAGUCCAUCUACAAAACAACCCCGCAUGACAGGAGGGUUUGGAGAACAAAAGGUGUUGGGCAGAAUCCUUCAAAAUGUUCUGACUGGGUGCUACAAAAGUGAAUUGGGACACAAAAUAACAUUUGAAAAACUGAGAAAGGCCGUUGAUAGUGUCAGGGGUAAGCGCAAGGUUACCUCCAAAAAUCCGGAACUGGCAUUCAAGGCACUGGAAAAAUAUUCCAGAGAUUUGACAGCAAUGGCAAGAGCUGGAAAGUUGGAUCCAGUCAUAGGAAGAGACAAUGAAAUUCGUCGCGCAAUUGAAAUUCUUAGCAGAAGGACCAAGAAUAAUCCAGUACUCCUUGGUGAUCCCGGUGUUGGCAAGACCGCCAUUGUUGAGGGCCUUGCAAACCGUAUAGUUUCUGGAGAUGUUCCAGAUUCCCUAAAGGACAGAAGAGUUAUUUCGAUCGAUUUGACUUCUAUUGUCGCUGGGACAUAUAACCGUGGUGAUUUCGAGGAACGUCUAAAAGCAAUCCUAAAGGAAGUUCAAGACGCUCAAGGAGAAAUUGUGAUGUUUAUUGACGAAAUCCACACUGUUGUUGGCGCUGGAGAUGCUCAAGGAGCUCUGGAUGCGGGAAAUAUGCUAAAACCUAUGCUGGCAAGAGGAGAACUGCGUUGCAUUGGUGCCACAACUUUGCAGGAAUAUCGCCAAAGAAUAGAAAAGGACAAGGCACUGGAACGUCGUUUCCAGCCAAUAUACGUUGAUCAACCAUCUGUUGAGGAUACAAUAAGCAUUUUAAGAGGAUUGAGGGAGAAAUACGAAGUUCAUCACGGUGUUCGUAUCCUUGAUUCUACUCUUGUCCAGGCUGCCCGGUUGAGUGACAGGUAUAUCAGCGAACGUCACCUCCCAGAUAAGGCAAUUGACUUGGUUGAUGAAGCGGCAGCUUGCCUUAAAAUACAACUUUCCAGCAAGCCUCCGCAAUUGGGUGAUAUAGAGAUAAAACUCCUGCGACUUGAAAUGGAAAAGGUUUCCAUGUCCAGAGAUGUUGCACCUCCAAAACCUGGAGUUGGACUUAUUCCCGAUAUUGCUAGAAGAACCGCUGGUGAACAAGAAAAGAAACGUUUGCAAGAAAUUGACCGCACCAUUGAACGUAUAAAUGUUGAAAAGACUGAGGUGACAGACGCGUGGAUGCGUGAAAAAUCGUUGGUUGAUGCAAUUAGAAACGUAAAGAAGAAGAUAGAAACUGUCAAAGUUGAUAUUAACAACGCAGAGAUGGACCAUUACUCGAGUAGGGCAGAUAAAUUGCGAUUAGAAACUUUGCCCGAUCUGGAGAGACAGCUGCAGGGAGCUGUUGGAGACUAUGAAGCUCAUGUAAAGGAGAUAGAGUCGAGUGGAGGUCAAUUGCUAUUGAGAGAUGAAGUUACAGAGGACGAUAUCGCGGACGUUGUCUCCCGUUGGACUGGAAUUCCCUUGAGUAAAUUGGCCAAGACAGAGAAAGAAAAGAUUCUUCAAAUGAGCGAUGAAUUGCACAAGAGAAUAGUUGGUCAACAAGAGGCUAUUGAUGUAGUCACCGCAUCGGUGCAAAGAUCGAGGGUCGGAAUGAAUGAUCCCAAAAAACCAAUUGCAUGUCUCAUGUUCCUUGGUCCAACUGGUGUUGGUAAAACGGAGCUCUGCAAAGUUAUAGCUGAGCAACUCUUUGACACGGAGAAGGCUCUUCUUAGAUUCGAUAUGAGUGAAUAUAUGGAAAGACACUACGUUUCUAGACUUAUUGGUGCACCACCAGGCUACAUUGGAUUUGAACAGGGUGGUCAACUCACGGAAGCUGUUAGAAGACGCCCAUACUCUAUUGUUUUGUUCGAUGAAAUUGAAAAGGCUCAUCCAAGUGUUUUCAAUCUCCUUUUGCAAGUCCUAGAUGAUGGCAGAUUGACGGAUUCGCAUGGACGUAAAGUUGAUUUCACAAACACCCUAAUUGUAUUCACAUCCAAUUUGGGAAACCAAACUAUUCUGAAAUUGGCUAAAUUCCCAGACGAGAGAAACGAAAUGAAGAACAGAGUCAUGGCUUCAGUCAGAGAAACGUUUGCUCCAGAAUUUUUAAAUCGUAUCGAUGAGUUUAUUCUCUUUGAAGGCCUUUCCAAACCAGGUAUGGAUGAUGAAUGGUUGAUGCAUGCAUGUGCAGAGUUGAAAAAAAUUGUCGGCAUGGAGUUGGCAAAACUUUCAGACAGAUUGGCAGAAAAGAAUAUUAAACUCUCAAUUGAUGAUUCUGCAAUAGAACACCUCACAGAAGUUGGCUACGAUCCGGCUUACGGUGCCAGACCUCUUAAACGUACAAUUCAACGCGAAAUCGAAUUACCAAUUACAGUCGGAAUCCUAUCCGAUAAAUUUAAAGAACAUGACACACUAAAUGUAAAGUACGCUGACGGGAAGAUCUUAAUCACAAGCUCGUAA